UACAGAGUGAAAAUGUUGUGCUUUUUGUCUUUUAUUUGCUCUCUCACUCUAAUGAUCACAUAGAAACCGCGGAACGCGGAGUAGAGAACGCAAGAAAGAGUAAUAAAAAUGAGAAAGUAAUUAAUAAAAAACAUCUUGUAAAAGAAGCGGCAUAAAUUAAUCGGCAAGUGUCACAAAAUAUCAGAUAAAAUUUUUAACAGAACGUAUUUAUUUUAAUCAACGUCAUAUUAAGCAAAAUUAGGUUAGAUUGGCGAAAGGAGCAAAUAUUUACACUCAAGUGAAUCAUAUACAUUGUCAAAUAACUGACAUUUAUAACAAAUAUAUUGUUAAAAAAUGAUUAGAGAAACAUUGAACGAAUAUUUAGAGAUUUUGGCUGGGCAUGUUUUUGAUAAUGAUAAACUGGUUACUUAUAAAUGGUUAAGUAAUGAGUUACACGUUCAUGUGAAUAUAGCAAAACAGAUCUUAUGGGAAUUUUACCAAAAAUAUAAAAACAAUAAUAUUGAAUGCACAUAUUUAUUAAUAGGUUUUCUAAAAGAUAAUGAAAUGCGUGUAGAGAUAGUAAAAGAAUCUACUGUAUUAAAGGCUAAAGAAAAAUUCAAUAAAAUCAUUUCGGAGCAUCUCUAUAGUGUCCACAAACCCCUUGCGGAUUUGGAAUUACUCGCCACUUCUGGUCCUGGAAAUGUAAAUUACAGUGCAAUAAAAUGUGAUGCUUGUAAAGAGAGAAGUGAUGAGGAAAUGCAGCUGUUACGUUGGGGUACAGCUGCAAAGAAAAUUACAUUGGAAAAUAGGACAAAUUCAAAGCCUGCAGAUUCUGUAAGUCCAUCAAAAAUAGAAAAGAAUUCCAUAACAGCAAAGAAAAGUGGAUUUAAUAAUUUGUUUGGUAUGACUGGAAAGCCAAAGAAUUCGGAAAAAUUAAAAUCCUUUCAAGAACAGGAUAAAUGCUCAACAAAGGAAGAUAAAAACUUUUUGCAGGAAAAAAAAUUGAAGGAGGAAAAUUCAAUGGAAAAAAAUGAAGCUUUAAGGAAAGAAGCUAAAGAAUUAACAGAAAAAAAAAAACAUUCUUCUGUGGAAAAUGAUAAAAAUUCUUCUAAAGAUAAAGGUUCUAUGGAGAAAAAUAAAGGCUCUGUCAAUUCUAUCAAUAAAAAAGUGUCUCCGAAGAAUACAUCUGUAAAGUCAGGAAGCUUGGAUAACUUUUUCGGAAAACUUGUAUCCCCUUCAAAACCUACAGAAAUUAUAUUAACAGAAAAGAAAAAUGAUAAUGCUAAGAAGGAAGAAGUUAAGGAAGAAGUUAUGGAAAAAAGAAAAGCUAAGAAAAAGGAGAAUUUACGUGGAAAAAAGCGUAAUAGAAGCAAAGAAACAGAAGAAACUUCCAAGAAACGAAAAAGAAUCGUUGUCCAGAGUGACUCCAGUGAUUCGGAAAUACAGAGUGACAUAGAGAUGGAAGAACCAGUUCCUGAAUUCCCGGAGCCUGAAAUUAUUGCAAGACCAAAAAGUCCUCCAUCAAAAGUAAAAUGUGAAAAUGGCAAAAGAAAGGUGCUAAAGUUAAUCAAUAAGACUUAUAAGGAAGGGGAAUAUUUUGUGACAAAGAAAGAACACGUUUAUGUAAGCUGUUCCGAGGAUGAAGAGGAGAAAAAAGAGGAAGAAAGGAAGAAGGAAGUGAAGAAAGUGGAAGCAAAGAUGGAGAAAGUGAAGAAAAAGCAAUCUACAUUGACAUAUUUUUUUAAGAAGUCUUAAAUUUGUCUUAAUUUUGAAAAUUCAAUUAAUUCAUAAAUGUUUGUUUAUCUUAUCAAUAUUGUUAUAAAUUAUUUAUUAAGAUAUAGAUCAUAAAAUUGAAUUCAACAAUAAAUAUUAUACACAAUAGUAAUAACAAAUGAUAUUCAAUA